AUGCCCGACAAGCGAAAGCCGUCCGCUUCCGUAUCUGGCUCGUCACCGUAUGCGAAACGUACCCGCUCUUCAUAUGCAGAAUGUGACGACGGAGACGACAUGCCUCCCGCCGUGACUCCAUACGAACGCCCUCGCAACCACCCCGUUUACGGCCAGAAGAGCGCUUUUCCGGGUCUCGACACGGCAGGAGAUGAUGAAUUAUUCUAUGGCCCAGCAGAGGAUGGUAUGGAGUAUCUUCGCAUGGUCCGGUCCGAAGCCAAUUCGUUACCCUUCCUGUUCACUGCGCCUUUGCCUACGGAGCCGUCUGUGGAAGAGACCCGGAAGAGUCACGAGGAGGGGGAGGAACAUCGACAACGCGAGGGGAAAGAGAAAGAGAAAGUUCUGUUGCAGGGUUUCUACAUCGAUGGGGUCUACACCGUACCUGCGCCCACCAGUGUGGACGUAACUGCUACGGGCGCGCACAUCGCCACAGGCACAUAUUCAGACGCACAGUCUAGCUACUAUAACCUCCUUCGUCAUCGGUUUCUUCUCCUCCGAUCGAUUCUCAAGUGUACGCCCCCAUCGACGGCUAUCGCUGCGCUGGAUGACUCGCACCCGAUCAGUCUGCCCAGACACUCGAAAAUUGCGUGCAAGGAAUGGCGACGUCUCCUCCUCGCGGUGGAUCCGCAGACGGUCCAGCUAGCAUGUAUGGAUAUGGAGAGUGUGCUAGGCGUGCUAGGGAUUAUGGCGCGGUUAAUGUCCGAGAACGUUAGAAGCGGAGACGCAGCACGAAUUCGACGAAUCGGAGCCUGGGCCUGGGGUUUACUGAGCAAGUGCCGGGAAGUUGGGCAGCUGGGGACAGAGGAAGUCGGGGAGAUCCGUGAACUGGGAAAACGAGCCGUGAAGAUCCUGCGAAAGAUGAAGGAGGAGGAGGAUGAGAAGAAUAAUCGAGUCGGGGACGAGGAUGGGGAAGGAGUCUCGAACGAGGAGUCAGACAAUGAAGACCAUCCAGUGGACGACUCUGGUCACGCAGAUGAUGAGGAAGGAGAAAACCGACUGAAAUUUUCGAACGAUUCUCCCAUGGAAACCCCUGAUCAAGAUAUGCCCGAUGCCGAGAGGGAGCCUCCAGCCGACGAAUUGGAGCAAGCCAAAGCUCAACUUCAGGCGAAAAUCCAAGACAGCAUGGAGGAACCGGAGUCGACAACCCAAGACCGUGCCCUGGAAGCAUCAAUGCAGACUCGAGCCAUGCUGGACAUGAUCAUCACCGUGGUGGGCGAAUACUACGGGCAACGAGAUCUGCUGGAGGCGCGGGAGAUGUGGAUGGGCGAUACCUGA